GCAUAUUACGAGUCAUCAUGCGGCAUCAACAGCUAUCUCGGCAUCCAUGAAUAUUUGAAUAGCCAUGGAACGCAUUUAAACUUCUGCUUCAGACCAGUACUUGUACUGUAACCUGCAUAGUCAUCCAUGAACUCAGCAUCAGAUUACGACGCGUACCGGAACGAAUUGGGACCUGGAGUAAUCGGAUACAUCUUUACUCUGUGGAUGUCCGGCUUAACUGUUGGUCAACUGACCUUCUAUUUGAAGGCUUUUGUGAAUGACCACAGGUGUAUCAAAAUGGUGGUGAUUUUUGUGUUUGUUUUAGACAUGUUCCACACAUGGUGUAUAAGCGCUCUCCUUUGGCAGUUGGUGAUAAAUUGCCGCCACAACACUAGUCCUCAGUGUGUGAUUCUUCCAUGGGAAAUGCUUACUGGUAUCUUCCUCAAUUCCAUGAUUUCUGUUAUCGUCCAGUGUUUUUAUGCUUAUCGAGUCUGGAUCAUCAGCGACAAGAACUGGAAACUCACGGGCUCUGUCCUAGUAAUUGCCCUGGGGCAAUACGGGAUCGGAAUCGCAACAAUUGUGACAACUGCCCAAUCGAGAAGCGCAGCCGCUUUUUUCACUUCCCCCCUUGAAGUCCCAUAUGCUGCGGCGAGCGUGAUCUGCGAUGUUAUGAUAUCCGGAUCAUUCUUAUUCUAUCUUCGGCCGGGGCGCGCUGGAGUCAAACGUCCAAGCAAUCAUAUGCAACACCUCAUCGUCGUUUCAUUGCAGAUGGGAGUAUUUACAUCCUUAGUGGCUAUCGUGUGGCUCCUGCUGUACUGUAUAGAGGGUGCGCGUUACUGGAUUGGUUUUCCUUCUGUCAUUCUGUGUAAAUCAAACGUCAACUCGAUGUUCACAGUCUUAAAUGCCCGAAAAUCAAUGCGGAAUCAGCUAAAAGAACACGUGCCCGUUGUUCCGACCAUACCCAUGAUUGUCGUUUCCGAGCCGUGAAUUGCAUUCAGUCUAGGGCCCCGUGAAAAACCAGAGAACUGGAGGUCGAUAUGCGAUACCCUUAAAUAUUGUGUAUAUUAUGUACCUGAUGCUUCGCGACCAGUCAUGUCAGAUCCAGAUAUUCGAGUGCCCGAAAAAUCGAACAAGUAGAAUAUUUU